AUGGAAGAAAUGUCUUUUGAGCAGAGGCUGAAGAAAGCCAAGACAGGGUUUCACAAAAAGCGUACAGCUGAAAACCCCAAAGAUCUUAUGGAGAAAAAGGAAAGACAGCUUCAAAAGGUCAAUAAGGGCAGGAAGAAAGUUGGAAUGCCAAAAGAAAGGUAUUCGAAGAUCCCCGUGAAAGACAAGAUGAUGUCUACCUUCCAAGCACAAGAGAAGGGCAGAGAUCCCCGGUUCUUAGCAGGUGAUGCUAGCCAGUUCAACAAAGGUCUAUUUGAAGCUAGUUAUAACUUUAUCAAUGAUAUGACCAAAGACCGUAAGAAGAAUAUUAAGAGGGAACUCAAUGCUUUGAAGAAAAAGACCAGGAAAAACAAGAAGCUUUCUCCUGCAGAACUUGAGACUCAGGAGAAGCUGACCAAUAUACUUGCUGAAGAGUCAAACUUAAUCAAGGUUUAUUCUAAGUCCAACCCAGAAUCAAAGUACUUAAAGGAAGCAAAGAAGAUGAACAAGGAGCGUGCAAAGAAAGGGCAAAACCCUAUUUAUUAUAAGAAGAGAGAGCUGAAAGAGAUGCGGUACAAGGAACAGUUUGAUAAACUGGAUAAGAAGAAGGGUAGAGUGGACAAGGAAAUACAGAAGGCUUUUAGAAAAGUUUAA